GGCGCCCCGCGGGCCCCGCCCCGGCCGCUGGCGUCUCAGGAGCCGCUCGCGCCUGAAGCCCUGCAACUGCGGCUCUGCGCCGGCUCCGGGCCGUUUCAGUUUAAUGAGGAAGAAGCAUUCCUGGGGAACUGCGUACUGGAAGAAGGAUCUUCGGGAAAUUUCCCUGGGCACCAGCUGACACCGUUAAGCCCAGAGUCCUUGGGCCUUUCCAGGUUUCCAUGCAAGCCAAUUCUGAGACAUGUCUGCUUCAGUGAAUGAAAGCCUUCAGCUUCAGCUGUUGGAGAUGGAAAUGCUGUUUUCUAUGUUUCCUAACCAAGGAGAAGUAAAACUUGACGAUGUAAAUGCCCCAAGGAAUAUAAAGAGAUAUCUAGAAGGCACCAGGGAAGCGCUACCACCAAAAAUUGAAUUUGUGAUUACGCUUCAGAUUGAGGAGCCCAAGGUGGCAAUUGACUUGCAAGUAACCAUGCCUCACAGCUACCCCUACGUAGCAUUGCAGCUCUUUGCUCGGUCAUCUGAUCUUGAUAGACAACAGCAGCUACUUCUCAACAAUGGUCUCACGUCUUAUAUAGGGACUUUUGACCCAGGGGAGCUCUGUGUAUGUGCAGCAAUUCAGUGGCUCCAGGAAAAUAGUGCAUCCUAUUUCUUGAACAGAAAGCUUGAGCAUGAACCGUCUGCACAAGCAAAGCCAGUCAAGAACACAUUCCUCCGAAUGUGGAUCUACAGUCACCAUAUCUAUCAACAGGACCUAAGGAAAAAGAUUUUAGAGGUGGGGAAAAGGUUAGAUGUGACUGGAUUUUGCAUGACUGGAAAGCCCGGUAUAAUCUGUGUGGAAGGUUUCAAGGAACACUGUGAGGAGUUCUGGCACACAAUUCGCUACCCGAGCUGGAAGCACAUUUCCUGUAAGCACACUGAAAGCAUGGAGACAGAAGGAAAUGGCAGGAACCUGCGCCUUUUCCAUUCUUUUGAAGAAUUACUUCUUGAGGCCCAUGGUGACUAUGGACUAAGAAAUGAUUACCACAUGAAUCUGGGGCAGUUCUUGGAAUUUCUCAAAAAGCACAAAAGUGAGCAUGUGUUUCAGAUAUUAUUUGGCAUUGAAAGCAAAAGUUCAGAUGCCUAGGAAGUUACUGAGGUCUGUGCUUACAAUUUCCCUCAGUCGGUGUUUUUAUUAGCAAGACCAAGUAAAAAAUACUAGUGGCUAUGUGGCAUUUUCAGUGAGAACCCUAAUUCCAGGAUCUUCACCUGGUAAUGAAACAAAUAGGCCUUGUGACUUUGAAAAGGCACAACUGUGAUGUUCCCUUAGGUUCCUGUAUUGUAAUUUGAAAACUAUUUCAUUGCAAAUAAAAAGUCCAUUUAACCAGU